AAUCGGAUGGAGACCGUUCCGUUAAAGCUACCAUGUAAUGUUUACUUCUUUGGAACAACGGCGUGUCGUCCUUGGUUAACACUGUUGGAGAUCGCAGAUGCGGUAUCUAAUGUCGUAUAAAUCACAUUUUCCCUGCGAGACAUUCGUUAAAACCACGGAAUCCUAUUUGCAUCGGCAGUAUUAGUGGUUCAUCCUGCGGUCCGUGUUCAUGAUGGCGAUGUUCCGCAGUUUUGUGUCUGCUGCUCAGCUCAGGCAGCAUCAGCAGCAAAAUGGGGCCGCAGCAGCCGCACCUGGGGAGAGCCUGGAGAGCCAGUUCUCCUGUCCCAUCUGUCUGGAGGUGUACCACAAACCUGUCAGCAUCGCAAGCUGCGCACAUACUUUCUGUGGGGACUGUUUACAGCCAUGUUUGCAGGUGACAUCGCCUCUCUGUCCACUCUGCCGCAUGCCUUUCGAUCCAAAGAAAGUGGACAAAUCCUCCGGUGUGGAGAAGCAGCUCUCUUCAUAUAAGGCACCAUGUAGAGGGUGCAGCAAAAAGGUCACCCUGGUCAAAAUGCGGUCGCAUAUUUCAUCUUGCACAAAGGUUCAGGAACAGAUGGCCAAUUGCCCAAAGUUCAUGCCUGUGGUCCCCACCUCUCAACCCAUUCCCAGCAAUAUUCCAAACCGCUCCACAUUUGUCUGCCCGUACUGUGGCGCUCGCAACUUGGACCAACAGGAACUAGUGAAGCACUGUAUGGAGAGCCAUCGCAAUGACCCUAACAAAGUGGUCUGUCCAGUAUGUUCAGCUAUGCCCUGGGGUGACCCUAGCUAUAAGAGCUCCAACUUCCUGCAGCAUCUUCUCCACCGGCACAAAUUCUCCUAUGACACAUUUGUGGACUACAGUAUUGAUGAGGAGGCAGCACUGCAGGCAGCACUGACCCUCUCACUGUCCGAGAGCUGAGAGUCUGACAUCAUAUCCUGUACCACAACCAUGUGAAGGAUCUUCUCACCUGUCUUGUUUUAGGCUAAAUAUUGUCAUUGUUCCUCUGUUUUUCCUCUCACUCUACCUCUCUUCUGGUCUAUAUUUCCGAGCUACAGUCCAGCUAGAUCCUGAAGUAGCUCUAUAGCUUGUUUGCCAGUUGCAUUAGAGCUGAGCAAGCUUGUUUCUUCCUGAAAUUUAAGGGGAGGAGCUUCUGGUUGGCUAUCAUCAUCAUCAUCAUCAUCAUCAUCAAUAUUAUCAUAACCAUCAAAACUACAACCAACAAAAUACCGACGUAUGCAAAGAGUCAGACAAAGGAAUAGAUAAAUAACACCAUGCUUGUUCUUGUUGUUCUUCCUAUUGUUUUCUGUCCAAAUGUGACUAGACCCCAGCGAUGAAGUGAAAACCAGUACAGAAUCAGUUCAAAACAGUGCGUCAUGUUAAAGCGAAGUUGAAAAGUGAACUAUGUUGGGAUUGGCUGUUCUCUAAUCUUUAGAGAAUACCAAUAGGGAGAAUGAGAGAUUGAUCUUCAGCCUCCUCACUAUCACACAUGUCAUCAUGUAUGGAAUGCCGAAUACCAUCUGCCCUUUUUUAAUCAAGAGUUGAUUUGAAUAAUUGCACUCGUCACAGUUUUCUACAUGUCUGAAUUCUAGUAUCGUUGUGCUUUUAUAGUUCAAUAACAGAACAUUGACCGACAGGACUGCAUACUCUGCUCUUAACUUGCUACAGUGAUAUUUUCUAAGAAGCAUCAGAUAAGAUUAAAAUGUAUAUUUUUGGAAAAAAGUUUUGAGUUUUAAAUGGUGCACAAACAAUAAGACGGCAAGCUUCUAGAGCUGUGCUGAACAUUUUUAUCUUUUAAUGUAUCCAUUAGUACUGUUCAUCUGUAUCACUUACUAGUGCUGACUUCAAGUGCUUUGGGAAAAUUUUUUUAUGAGUUCUGUAAUCUUAAUUUCAUGCAAUGUGAAUUCAAGCGAUUGGGUCGUAAUAAGAUGGAUUCAUUGGGCACUGAUUUCUUUCCCUCUCUGUCAUUUCCUGAUUAUAUAUUUAUAUAUUUUAUCAUUCUUGUGCUGCCACAGAAAAUGAUAGGAAUUGUUCACACACUUAAUGGUCCAUAGAUGGCCAUAGAUUGGUUUAUUAGCAUAGCCUAGUUAGCCUGCUGGUUGAAUCUGUAAUUACAAACACUGCUUUUUAAAAGUACCUUUUCCCAUUCAAAAUUAUAAUGUGAAUUCACCUUCACAGUUGAAGUGUAUUGUAAUUAAUACCAGCUUCUGCCAUGAUUCAUGUCCACUAAAUACAAUUAUUCCAACAUGACUUGAAAGCAGCAUUGAUAUGGAGAAACUUGAGAACAUCCUAACAGGAAGUGAAACAGGCUGUAGUUGUUUUGGCCACAAAGUCAUUCAGAGCCCAGACUCAAUUUCUUUGGUCUUUUAGAGGUUUCUGUACUUUGUAAGUGUUGAAUCUAAACCUAUGUACAGUGAUAUUUAGAGGAGCAUUGGUGUGAUAGGGUUAGGCAUUAGAGAUCAGAAUCUAAUGUCCCUACUUUGCAGACAUACUUAACCAUGUCUUAAGAUACACCUUGAGCUGACAUUUAGGAGAAAAACAUACUCUACCCAAGUACACAAAUGUGAAUGCCAAAGCAUAGCUCAAAGUCAAGAAUCUUUGUUUUACUUUCUCCAAAAGUAUUUAAAUCCAAACAAAGUGUUAAAAUGUCAAACCAAACACGUUUCCUCGGAAGUAUUCAGGAAUGUUGGUGUUAUUAGGGUGGAAUAACUGUGGCAUUAACAAACCACAGUACUCAGAAUGCGAUAGUAACCUUGAAAUUUCUGUGCUAUUAAGCUGGAUGCAUUAAGUAGCUAGCUAUUAACAUGAUGACUUUUAUCAGAAAAGAUUCUUGUUAAACUGUUGUUGCAUCUUGACCAUACUUGACAAAAAAGAAAACUGUCUCUAGAAGAAUUUAUAUUGUGAUAUUGGAUUUACUGUAAUGCUUUGUGUUUUGGAAUACAACUUGUGAAACUGCGCUUGUGUACCAUAGCUAGAAUAAAUAGUGUUUGUGUACCUGCAUAGAGUAUGCUACAGGUCUAUAAUGAUGUGCUCCAGGCUUCUGAGUUUCUGGUGCGCAUAGUUUGGCAGAUUUUUUUGAUGCUGGUGCAUCAUUACGCGUUUGAUAUAGAUUUGAUAACUCUGCCAGAUGUAAUGGUUUGAAUAUAUUUAGAGCCAAUCUUGACAAAAGAGUGGAAGAUCAUUAGGGCUGGUUGAAAACGUUUUUCAAGUUACCAACUUCGAUGAUGUUCCAGCUCGUGAUUCAUUACUGUGUUGAUGAGUGUUUGUUUAAUCUGUCACAAUAGAGCUAUUGUUUUUAUCUCCAUUUUGUGAAUUAUCGUUACUUUAGCAAGGUUAAGCGUGUCACAAUCAUUGUCUAAUUUGAAACUCAGUGGCCGGGAAUCAAAUCGGUAAAGGUUUGACUUGGCGUGACUCGGAAGAAAGGAACAACUCCGAACUUGUGUGAUGUGAAACGUCGUUUGCUUCCAUAAAUAUCUUGCUGUCAGUUUCUAAUCAUUUAGAAAGUUUAAUGUGUAAUCACUUAGAGUGUUCUUUCCUGUAUGGUUUUCUUAAAAGCCAUAGUGGAGUUUGAAUUGAUUUCUUUAAAAAUAACACUGUGUCCUAAUAGCAUGAUAAAUCUUCCAUGCAGAUCAGAGUUUUUGUCAAUCUCAAAGAUGUCGUCUCAUUAUUACAGUAAUUCAGAGCAUGAAUAAUCAUCAAAUUUGUUCCGGUUUUCUUUUGUGUUUUUGCAUUUUCACUUUCAGUAUGGGGAGACAAAUUAUAGUACAUCAACGGAAAUUUGUCACAUCUCAUCGGGACACAGUGUUAAGAUGUCAUUUGUCUUUUGAUGUACAUUUGUACUGAAUACAGGGCCAUUUAGAAUUGUCUAAGGCCUUCUGGGUAAUGUUGAAAUGUCCUUGUUGGUAUUUAUUAAGAGGCCUGUUAAGAGGCUUAUACAUUCAUAGUAUAAGUGAUCACUUUUUUCAUCUUUUUUUGAUUCAAUUGUACAUAAAAUGGCAAGACUGCUACAUUUUUUUGUAGAGUCUGUUGAAAUUCGGAUUCAGGUGCAAUCAGCUUUUCUGCUAAGAAGCAUGUUAAAAACAUUGCACUUUAAUUAACUGAAAUGUCUUUUGAUGAUUGAGUAGGAAUUUUGUUCCAGUUAUUUAGUGUGACUAACUGCAAAAUGUAUUUUACAAGAGGGAGAUCAUUUGUCAUGUUAUUGUUGUGUGAAAAAGGUAGGUCAGGUUCAAAAAACAUCAAACAUUUUCAGAAACUGGUAAUAUUGUAUUGUUCUUAGCAAAAGCAUGAUGGCAAACAAAAAUGCUAUCAGUUAGACUUAAAAAACUAAGCAGAAAGAAAUUUUCACUGGUUUCCAAACAAGUAUUGAAAAUGUGUUCAUUGUAUUUGAUGGCAAUGUGUUUUUCAUUGGCUUCUUUUGAGGUUUUACAUGGUAAAGUCAGUAUUUUAUGGUCUUGCUCUGAAAUAUUAAGAUGAAAUCGAAGAGUAGAAAGUAGAAAAGACAACCGAGUUUCCCAGUAUCCUAAUGUUUUUACUCAAUUAUGUUUUUUUUUUUGUUUUUUUUAAUGUCUAAAUAAUAGUGCUCAAACAAUAUUCAUGUGCACAGCUGUAGCAUAGUAUGAUGUGUUUUUUUUUUAAGUGAAACUUUUGAUAUUGUACAACACCGCUCUCCAGUUCUAAAACCUUUUAGAAAGACCUUAAAAAUGAAUAUUUUUCACUCUUUUUGUAUUGUAACAUCAAUGCAUACUGUCACAAACAUUCUGCAUUUCUUGUGUUGGUUGACGGCUGUCCAACAGAACAUCGGAAACUAAGGAUGGCUCACAUCAAGUUUCAUGUCUAUAUGAAACUUAAUGAAUGGCCAAGGAUUCAAUGGAGGACAGCGGUUCAGAACUGUAGUAACAUCUUUUUAUUACCGGAACCGUAAACGCUGGACGCUUGAGGAUGAAACAUGGCAAACUCAUGGACGUGUAAUGGAUUCAGAACUCAAGAAUUAUGUUUUUGAAUGCACCCGCUCUGUGACCCCUGACCCGGAAACUUUACUGAGAACCUGUUUGGUGGCUGCAGGACCAGCGUUGGUGUUUAUGCAUUCACGACUAUGAAUAAUAAUGAUAUAACAGUAAUAACAAUGCUGAUGUUAAUGGUGGUGUGCAUUUUUGAAGCUGAAAUACUGACUGAGGUUUAAUAAGAUACUUACACAGUGUAUUUGUAGCAAUUUCCCCCUUAAUAAAAACACAGAUGCACCCGG